CCCGCCCACAGUCCCCGCCAGCAGCUUCGCGCGGCCUGAAGGCCGGGGUGCGCGUGACUCUCGUCGGCUGUGCGAAGGGUGUGCUUCCCGAGCCGAGGGCGCGGAAGGGGGACGCCCCAGCCUCGGGGCCCUUCGUGGUCGCGAACGCCGUCCGCCCGGGAGGCUCCCCACGUCCGGCACGAUGAGUGCCAACGAGGACCAGGAGAUGGAACUGGAAGCAUUACGUUCUAUUUAUGAAGGAGAUGAGAGUUUCCGGGAAUUAAGUCCAGUUUCAUUUCAAUAUAGGAUAGGUGAAAAUGGUGAUCCCAAAGCCUUCUUAAUAGAGAUUUCCUGGACGGAAACAUAUCCCCAGACACCUCCAAUUAUAUCUAUGAACGCGUUCUUCAACAACACCAUAUCAUCAGCUGUAAAGCAGAGUAUAUUAGCCAAGCUGCAGGAGGCGGUGGAAGUUAACCUCGGGACCGCUAUGACCUACACGUUGUUUGAAUAUGCCAAGGACAAUAAGGAGCAGUUCAUGGAGAAUCACAAUCCUGUUAAUUCCACAACAUCCAUAAGCAAUAUCAUCUCCAUUGAAACUCCUAAUACAGCCCCAUCAAGUAAGAAAAAAGACAAAAAAGAACAACUUUCAAAAGCCCAGAAACGUAAACUGGCGGACAAAACAGAUCACAAAGGAGAGCUUCCUCGAGGAUGGAACUGGGUUGAUGUGGUGAAGCAUUUAAGCAAAACUGGCUCUAAAGAUGAUGACUAGCGCUUGGAAUUGAGACAAAGGAAGAGCAUCCUUUAAAAAGUAACCUGGGUUCAAAAUCUUUCAUGACUCUUAUGGUAUUGAGGGGGCUUUUUAUAAAACACAAUUUUUUGGGUGUGUUUCUUAGUAAACAAUGUUUUAAGCCAAAAGUUCAUAAAGUGAUUGGUUGUAUUAAGUUAUUUUCACAAACUUGCCUUAAUAAAAGGUGAAAAGGUUACCGUUUAGUAAACUUCGUGAAGCCUGUUGGGCUUUGGAAAUGGACAAAUACGGGGAAUAAAAAAUAAUCAAUGUUAAUUUACAUGGUUUUAUUCUAGUGGACGUGAUAUUUUUAAAAGCAGUCUGAAGCCCUUGUCAAACCCUCAUCCCAGUGGAGCAGAACACAGUGAACAGUUACUGCCCCUCAUGGGCCGUGUGGAUAGGCUUCUCAUCUUGAAGUCUUCAGCUAUUCUUUCUCUUAAUUACUGAAGCAUAACUUGCUUCAGAGAAAUUUAAAUACUGGUAUUUGAACUUUAUACAUAAUAUUCUUUGUAGUUCCUUUUUAUUUUUCAAAGGUGAACUGCUUCUCUUUAAUAAAUAAAUACCUGUUUAUACUUUUCUCUUGGUUUGGGUCACGGUGUUGGAUCAUGAAAGCUUUCAAUGGUUUGUAUGCUAUGAAAAGAUAGAAACAAAUCUGCCAAAUACAUUAGAAAGCGUUUGAAUAGAAGGGCUGGCUCCUAUUUAAAACAUUUCUCUUUGUUGCAUAUACCAACAUGGGAGUAAAAGAUGCCUUAAUAUUUAAUAUUUGUAUUGUUGGAGACAAUGGUUUUAAUAGAUUCCUAUUUAUCUGCUAUUGUGUAUUUUUAGUUGUUUGGUUAAGUGAGGUCUUCUAAAUGGUUUAACAGAAAACCACAUUUCAAGUCUUGUUUCUUUUCAGUUAUCGAAAUGUAUUUCUCAGCCCAAGCAUCUUUGUAAUAGUAGGUAUAGAAGCAUUUCAAAUGCUGAGCUGUAGCACAUUAAUAGAGGAGACUUUUAGCAUAGUUUUACCAUGAAGUUAUUGAUGUGUGUGUGCAAUUUACAGUAAUUUCUGUCUAUGCUCCCCAGCUUUAAAAACACUUAGAACUGCUGCUGUGGUGUCUGGAAGGGUAGAUUGUUGGUUCCUCAAGUUAUACUUGUGCAGCUUGGGUCUCAGUUUUUAAAGAAUAUUUAACUUUUCAAGAACUUUCCUUAGUGUAAGAGUAGUUUGAAUUGUUUCCGUGGUUUUUACUGGGUUAGCAUUGGCUUCAGUUAAAUCGUUCGAAUUGUAAGUAUAAUUACAGUGAAGAAGCUUAAUCUCAUUUUCAAAAGCUGAAUCACAUUUUAUUUCUUGAACUCUUAUGAUAGCAACAUUAAAAUUCAGGACCACUGGAAUAUGCCAACUUUUAUUUCGGGGUUGUGUGUGUAGUUUGUGUUGUGUUGAUUUAUUUGCUUUGUUUUUAAAAAGACAAACUACUAUAUCUGCCAGUGGGAGAAAAUUCUUUGUUUUGCUCUGAAGCUUCUGAAAUUGUUUAGGCUUACUGUGGUUCGUAAAUUACAAAGAAUAAUGCUAGUUAAAUGCCAAUGAAUUGUUUUUCCUCUUUUUAUAUGAAAUGUACACAUUUCAGGGGGUGAUGGUAGCAGUGGUGCCUCUUUCUACCUUACGUAAAACUCUUGAACAUCCUCAUCAGUAUUGCCGUCAUCUGCUUAAUACUCCCGGUAUAUUUUCUCAAAGUCUGUUUACUUAAAAUUAUGUAGAAUGGCAUAAUUAAUGAGCAAUAAAACCUGAAUUGCACACCA